GAAACAAACACCCACCAACAAUAGUGCGCACAUUAAUUUCCGUGUGCUCAAACGGUGCAUAUUAGACUUUAGCAAUCACCUCCCGCCACGUCAUUUAACGUCACACACCUAAUUUCCCGCAACCCUUCUACUACCACCCUAGGGGGGUUUCAGGGUGGGUGGUUUUGUUGGGUGGGUGGGUAUCGUCUCUUUCAUUGUUUUUCCAUUUUUGGGUUCUUUCGGUUCUUCUUCUAAUAAACACUCUCUGCAACAAAGUAUAAAAGGAGUAUUUUAUUGAGAAAAAAAAAAUAAUGAAAUUUCAAAAUUGAAAAUUAACAUCCCAAUUUGAGUAAUUAUUUAUUUCCAAUACUGUCCCCCAUUUCGUAUCAAUGGCUCCAUCCAGCUCUGCGUCGCCGGCGGCGGGUUUAUCCAGACCGGUAGCUCAAAGGAAAGUCCGUCCAUCAGCUGACUACCGGCGUCGACCGCGGAUGUCAGUGUCGCCGCCGCCGAAGAAAUUCAGGUCGAUGGUGGAGAUCAUGAAAGUAGCGAAGCGUGUGGAGUUACCGGUGGAAGAAGAAGAAGAAGACGAUGAGGAAUCGGAGGAGGAGGAAGAAGAUGAUUACGGAGAAGUUGUGUGUGAACAAUGUGGCUCUGGAGAAAGGCCAGAGGAGUUGUUGCUGUGUGAUAAAUGUAACAAAGGGUUUCAUAUGUUAUGUCUUCGUCCGAUUGUAGUUCGUGUUCCCAUUGGACCAUGGCAUUGUCCUCAUUGCUCUGGUGAUCAACAUCGCAUAAUCAAAAGUUUUUCGCAAAAGAAGAUAGUCGAUUUCUUUCGGAUUCAGAAAGAGAGUCAAAUGGUGGUGAAAUGUUCAUCUGCUCAAGUAGAUACCAGAAAACGUCGGAAGCGUUCACUAGUUUUCCACAAGAGACGCAGAAGGCUAUCACUAUAUAUUCCAACAGAAGAUCCUCACAGGAGGCUAGUUCAAAUGGCAUCUCUUGCUUCUGCACUGACAGUUCUCGAUAUGGAAUUCAGCGAUGAGCUAACUUACAUGCCUGGCAUGGCUCGUAAAUCUUCUAACAGUGCCAAGUUUGAAAGUGGUGGAAUGCAGGUUCUCUCAAAAGAAGAUACUGAAACCCUGGAGCAGUGUAGAGCUAUGUAUAAAAGAGGGGAAUGCCCUCCUCUCAUGGUUGUUUUUGAUUCUCGUGAAGGCUAUACUGUAGAAGCUGAUGGGCCUAUAAAGGACUUGACAAUAUUAGCAGAAUAUACAGGCGAUGUGGAUUAUAUCAGGAAUCGGCAGGAGGAUGAUUGUGAUAGCAUGAUGACCCUUCUUUUAGCAAGAGACCCAUCAAAAAGUCUUGUUAUCUGUCCUGAUAAGAGGGGAAACAUUUCUCGGUUUAUCAAUGGCAUAAAUAACCAUUCACCGGAGGGUAAGAAGAAGCAGAACCUGAAAUGCGUGAGAUACAGUGUAAAGGGCGCAUGUCACGUUCUUUUGGUUGCAAUUCGUGAUAUUGCUAAGGGAGAGCGGCUGUACUAUGAUUACAAUGGAUAUGAGCAUGAAUAUCCAACACAUCAUUUUGUUUAAAUUAUCAUAUGUAGCUUUCCUAGUGAGCCUAGGAUCAGGAGAUCUUUCUUCUUCAUAACUAUACAACUAGUUCAGAUCAAAACCUUUUUUCCCUUUUCCUUUUCUUGAUUUAUCAAAGGGUCAAGGUGAAUGUUGGCCAUUUAGAUGGAGGUAGAUACACCACAGCAGAAAAUUUUUGGUCGAAGUCCGAAGAGUUUCAGAGAUUUAAGUUACUAGGUAACUUCAUCAAUUUCAUUUAUACAUUGACAUAUGUAGACCUUAGCCCUAUGUAAUUGCUUUGAGAACAAAAAUGCAUCUGUUUUACAGAAUUUUAGAGGUGA